AAUUAAUAAGAGUGCGGAACGGCAUUUAUAGAACGAAGCAUCACAACUGACAAAUAAUUUCCCGCCAGCCAUUUUGGCCCAAACUUCCAUCCCAUAGCCGUCGCUCUCUCUCCACAUUCCUCUUCUUUCCUCGUCCUCAGUUUAUUGUGUCAAUUCAUUUUUCUAUUUUUUUCGACGGUUUAAAUUUGUGAUUCCAAACCUUAAAAUGGCGGUGGCUCUAAAAGUGCUGCCGUCAAUCGGGACCCAGCCGCCGGAGAUUAUUUCAUUGUUGGAAGUUGGGUUUACGAAUUUUCCGGCGACCCGAUUCUGUCGUGAUUUGGGCUUUCACAUUGACAUUCAUCAGAAAAAGAAAAAAAUUAAGGUGGGUUUGGUCAAAGCUGUGAGAAAGGUGGAUGAAACGUCGUCGUUGAAGGUCAUUAAUGGUCAACCAGAUCUUGACUUUCCCUACGGUUUCUCUAACGGAAACGGAAAUGGAAAUGGUAAUGGCACAGCUCAAAGGCAGAUGUCAACACUUGAGAAGUCUACCAACAUUGUAUGGCAUGAAUGUUCUGUGAACAAACAUGACAGACAACAAUUAUUACAACAAAAAGGCUGUGUCAUAUGGAUUACUGGUCUCAGCGGCUCAGGGAAAAGCACUUUAGCGUGUGCUUUGAGCCAUAGUUUGCACACAAGGGGAAAGUUAACUUACGUCCUAGAUGGCGACAAUGUUAGGCACGGUUUAAACAAGAAUCUCAGUUUUGGAGCAGAAGAUCGCGCAGAAAAUAUUAGAAGAGUUGGUGAGGUAGCCAAGCUUUUUGCAGAUGCUGGUGUCAUCUGCAUUGCUAGUCUAAUAUCUCCUUAUCGAAAGGAUAGGGAUGCCUGCCGUGCAUUAUUGCCAAAGGGAGACUUUAUUGAGGUCUUCAUGGAUGUUCCACUCCAACUUUGUGAAUCCAGGGACCCAAAGGGCCUCUACAAGUUGGCACGAGCUGGUAAAAUAAAAGGUUUCACCGGGAUAGACGACCCAUAUGAACGGCCACUAAAUUGUGAGAUUGUCUUGCAACAAAAGUCAGACACUUGCACGUCUCCUUGUGAAAUGGCCGAAACUGUAGUUUCAUAUUUGGAAGACCAUGGAUACUUGCAGGCCUAAUGUGACCGUAAUAUCCUUACACAAAUCCUCGGCACCUGUCUAUAGUCCGAAUAAAGUAUAUCCAUCUACAUCUGUGAUGCCAAUUCGGAAACUGCUCGUUUCCGCCACCUGUGUAAUUUAGUUUCUUGACCCUUCCGUCCUCAUGGUAAAUCCAUUUUUUAAAGAUAAUUAUUAUCUUAAUUAUGUGAAAAUUACCCAAGUAGCAUGGAUUUAGAACAGAUUGUGAAUACUGUCUGUGUAUUUAUAUCAUGCCCAUGAAAUAAAAAGUUUCUUUGUGUUUAAUAUCAGUAACUUGUACCAAACCUAAGGAAGAUGGAGAUAACUCCACUAUGACUAUUACUCUUAUUUAGUGGGGAAAGUUUUGCA